UGGAGGCCAGUAGACCUCGGUUCUGGACCGCUUGGUGCCAGCGUCUUGUGUAGUCUUGCAGGUCGUUUCCUGUCUCUGGGCCUCAGUUUCCUCAUCUGUAAAAUGAGGAGAGGUUGGGUCAGCCGGUCUCCAGGGUCACAUCUAAUCUAGGAUUUGGUUAUUUCUACAAGAGCAUCUGGGAAAUCGGGGCGGUGAAGGCUCUUGGGCAGCCAUGGGGUGGAGUAGGGUGGGGAGAGAAGGUUCUAGAAGAACAGGCAGGUGUUGUAACCAGAGCAAGGGCUGUGAGUAGACCCAGUGCCUUCUCUAGAGAGUUCUCCACCACCUUCUUCCAAAAAUCACCCUCCCACUCUCACUGGCUCGAGUUCUGCUCCCCUUCCUCUGACCCAGAGCUGGCUCCUCAGGGGGCUGGAGGGGACACAGCCUCCUGCCCUUGGGCAGAAGUCCACCCUCGGGGGCUGGAGUCCGGGGGACUCGGAGAGUGGGAAUAAGAUGCUCCCAAGGGCUGGGCUUUCUCCAAAGAAGCUGUGCGGGGAGGGUGUGAAUAAAGGUCAAGGUGAGAGGCAGGUGUGGAGACACCACUGGGCAGGAGCCAGAGCGCCCGUGCUGGGCAGUGGUCCCCAGGGGCCGGCUUUGAGUCUCCUUUCUCUCUUUUCUCCCCAAGUGGAAGUAGUCUCAUUGUCCUCCGGUGCCUGAGUGGGCAGGGCCCUCCUUCCUCCUCCUCCCUCUCCAGGUAGAAAUGCCAGGGGGAGACCCGGGGUCACUCCGGAGAUGGGGGGAGUCCGUCCCUAGGCGGGCGGCCUGCAGGCUGAGCCCUGCUUCGCCGCCAGAAAGCCCCUGGAGGGGCUUCCUCUUGGAGCGGGAUGUUCUCUGCCUCUGCCACUCUUGCAGAUCCCUCCCUUGCGUUCGCAAGUGGGAAGGCGCAGGGCUCAUGGGUGACAUUGGGGAGGGCAGGGAAAGUUAUCUGGUACCCACAUACCCUCCCUCUGGGAUCAGAGCCCGGGCCGCAGGCGGCCCGCCUGGGGGAGCAAUGGUGGAUGAGAAAGAGUGUGAAACAGCAGCGUGAGAGCCGGCAUCCCUGCCCCCAUUCUAGUCCCAGCCCUGCACCGAGGUGUCACGCCUUGAGACAGAGCCCUCUCCAUCUCUGGGCUCUGUUUUCCUUUACCUGUGAGGUUGUGGCUGGGACACCAGUCCUGGGGGGGUCCCUUUCAGCCCUGAUGUGUCCAGCUCCAGCAUGAAGCUCCACCCUUACUCCCUUCUCCAGGCUCCUCCCUAAUUCCCACCCCCAGCCAGAGGCCUCCUUCCCUGGCACUGUCAAGUGGGACCUUCAGGGCUAUUUAUGGCCUGGCCUCUGAGUGCCCCCGCCCCUCCCACACUGGGUCUCUGCCUGGCUGGGGCCCAGCACCACCGCCCAGUCUGCCAGAGGCCUUGCCCUGGGUCCUGCUGCUCUGGCUCUCUGGCCAUGCCGGGGAGAAGGAGCUCCCCUCCGCGGUGGGGACGCCAUGUGGGGUCCCGGGUUUGGGGGCACCAGUCCUGCCCAGCCCGGGUGCCCCGUCCGCCUUCGCCACUGCUGUGCCAGGACAUGGCACUGCAGAACGCCCUGUACACCGGAGACCUGGCCCGGCUGCACGAGCUGUUUCCCCCGCACAGCACGGCUGACCUGCUGCUGGAGAGCCGGGCUGCCGAGCCUCGCUGGAGCUGCCACCAGAGGGGACUCUGGUCUCUGACGUACGAGGAGGAGCUCACCACCCCUCUGCACGUGGCCGCCAGCCGGGGCCACAAGGAGGUUCUGCAGCUGCUGCUGAGGCGGCGGGCGAGGCCCGACGGCGCCCCCGGGGGCCGCACCGCCCUGCACGAAGCCUGCACUGCCGGCCACGCUGACUGUGCCCACGUGCUGCUGGUGGCAGGAGCCGACCCCAACAUCCCUGACCAGGAUGGGAAACGCCCCUUGCACCUCUGCGGGGGCACUGGCAGCCUUGAGUGUGCAGAGCUGCUCCUGAGGUUUGGAGCCAAAGUGGAUGGUCGGUCCGAGGAGGAGGAGGAGACCCCUUUGCAUGUGGCCGCGCGGCUGGGUCAUGUGGAGCUGGCAGACCUACUUCUAAGACGGGGCGCCUGCCCCGAUGCCCGCGAUGCCGAAGGCUGGACCCCGCUGCUGGCUGCCUGUGACGCCCGCUGCACGUCCCCCGCUGACGCCGAGGCCACCACUGCCCGCUGCCUCCAGCUGUGCCACUUGCUGCUCUCAGCCGGGGCUGACGCCGAUGCUGCUGACCAGGACAGGCGGCGGCCCCUGCACCUGGCCUGUCGCCGUGGCCACGCGGCCGUCGUGGAGCUGCUCCUGUCCUACGGCGUCAGUGCCAACGCCAUGGACUAUGGGGGACACACAGCCCUGCACUGUGCACUGCAGGGCCCGGCAGCGGCCCUGGCCCAGAGCCCGGAGCGCACAGUGCGGGCUCUGCUCAACCAUGGGGCCGUGCGCGUGUGGCCUGGGGCUCUCCCCAAGGUGCUGGAGCGCUGGUGCACGUCCCCGCGCACCAUUGAGGUCCUGAUGAACACCUACAGCGUCAUGCAGCUUCCCGAAGAGGCCGUGGGUCUGGUGCCUCCGGAAACGCUGCAGAAGCACCACCAUUUCUACUCCUCCCUCUUCGCCUUGGCGAGGCAGCCCAGAUCGCUGCAGCAUCUGAGCCGCUGUGCCCUCCGUGCUCACCUGGCCGCCUGCCUGCCCCACGCCCUGCCCCGCCUGCCGCUGCCACCCCGCCUGCUCCGCUACCUGCAGCUGGAUUUUGAGGAUGUGCUCUACUAGAUGUCCACUGCCUUUUGCAAGAGCCUGAAAGCAGAUGCCCCAGGCCCUAGGGCAUGCCAGCCUGCUUCUCACAGCACCUGGAACUCAGCACUGAGUGGAACGGACUCAGGCUGGGGAGGCCUCUCAGUAGGAGGUCCUGCUCCACAGGCAGGUGUGGACGUGGUCGUUCCCACCAGGAGAGGCGGAUGGACCGUGUGGCCAGGUGACAUCUGGUGGAGAGAGUGCUGGGACUCAUGGCAAGUGACACCCUCCUCUUGGGGGUCUCCUGAGGCCCCCCUCCAGCCUGUCCCAGCCCUGCGGGCACAUUAAACAUCUCCAGACUGGC